AUGGACCUCAAGGACAUCGUUAGGGAUCAUGCCCUCCCAUAUCUUCCUGCUAAAUCACUUUUCAGGUUCACUGGAGUUUGUAGGGACUGGAAGCUCGACAUCCUAACUCCUUUCUUUGCCCACAAGCAGUCGAAUUGUUUUUCUGAUAUCUCGGGCUUCUUUUAUCAAUCCAGAGCAGACCCACCUUCAUUCAUAUCUCUUGACCGCAAUGCAUAUGGUGUUCCAGACCCAUGUCUGAAGUUCUUGCCUGAGCCAGUUGACAUAAGGACUUCUUCCAAUGGAUUACUUUGCUGCCAGGGUCGUGAUGGCUACAAGGCUUAUUACAUAUGCAAUCCUGUUACUAAGAAGUGGAAAAAACUUCCUAAGGCAAAUGCUGAUCAUGGAUCUGAACCUGCUAUUGUUCUCAUCUUUGAACCAUCUUUGCUGAACUUUGUGGCCGAGUACAAGCUAGUAUGUGCUUUUCCAUCCGUUGAUUUUGACAAUGGAUAUGAAUUUGAGAUUUAUUCCUCCAAGGAGGGGUCUUGGAGAGUUUCUGGUGAGAUUUACUUUGGCAAUAAAACUCUCGUGCCAAGAUCCGGUGUUCAUGUGAACGACAUAGUUUAUUGGCAGGCAAUGGGCUCUCAGAUUCUUGUUUUUGACCUGAAGAUGGAGCGCACACAACUCCUCUAUGGCGAUUUUUACGGCACGGGAGGAUGUGCGGCCCUGGGUCUGAUGGAUGGAAAGCUUUGUUUGACAAAGGCUCAGUCUUCAGGAUUAACGGUGAAUGUAUUGUCUAACGCCUACACAAACACAAUGGAGAUGAACAGCAAGGCCAGGACAUGGAAAACGAAACAUCAGAUCACUCUAUCACCUUCACCCUUCGCUCCGGCUGCUGAUCGCUUGUCUAGUAAUAUAAUGUUUGCCAGUGGAAAUGUGGUCUUGUUUCGCAGUGGCGGAAAACUCUAUUCGUACAACCUGAAGACUAAAGAAACUCAAUGUGUGGGUGAUGAAUUUGAUUACGAUGCGAGGAUUGUCUCUCAUGUGAACAGUCUUGUGGAGAUCUAG